AUGAAAAAUAAUCAAAACUUUAUCAAUAGAUAAGUUCCUCAAAAGGGGCACGGAAAUCAGCAUCAAAGUGCGCAAAAAUCUCACUUAGUCAAUUAAGGACAUCAAAUAGUAAACCAGAAAUUGAAUCAAUAUCCUAGCUAGAAAAACAUUAUGAUGAAUAACGUCUUGAGUAGAAAUUAAGCACAAAAUUAUCAACAAAACCAGCAAUUAAUGAAACAAUAAAAUUAAAUGGCCUAGAAAAUGAAUCGAAAUCACUCAUAACCCUCAAAGAGGAAUCAUAAAGGCAAUCUUCUGCCUCAUAUUGAUCCAAUGCAGCACAUGGAAAGUCAGCUAUUGUACAAAGAUCCAUUUAAGACUGAAAACUAAAGGCAUUCCUUUAUUCGUGAGUCGAUUCAUCAAGAAAAUGAGGAUACGUUUAAGUCAUAUGUGCAUGGAUUAGAUAUGAACAAAAUACAGGAGAUACCUCUCUUGAACCAUUAAGCUUAUCAUAUGCCAAGAGAUUUCAUGAGUGAUCCUUAUCUCAUGGCAGCUAAGUUAUAUGAAGAGAAUAAAUAGCAACAAGCUUCUAAUUUUCACAAGAAAGGGAUUUUUGGAAACCAAUUAAACUUAAUAACUGAACUGCCCAUUUAAUCCAGAAGAUAUCGGUAUGAAUUAAUUUUAUCUUAUUCUAAUAGUGAGUCUGCAAUAUACAACGAAGUUAAUGAUCCCUAACCUACAUUAAUUGAUAAGGUCUAAAAGUAGCAAUUGUAAGCAGGAAAUGGAUUAAUUGAUAAGCUAGACUUUAACGGGACUAAGAAGUUUUUCAAGGGAGACGAAUCUUAAUAUUAUAUGGGUAGUUAGUUCAAAUUCGAAGAUCCUGAAGUCCGUCGGAUACCAAUCAGUAGAAGUUAAAAUCAGUUACAAACACUCAAUACUUUUGGCAUGAGUAUGGGACCGAUGACUCUCUCAAAUUAAUCCUAAUAAGAAAUUAUAUAAUAACUUGUCGGGAAAAAAUCAGUAAUAAAUUCAGGAGCAAAUCAGAAUAAGCAGAUUUUACCCUCAAGCCAUCAGAAUUUCUCAUAAUCAUAUGUUUAUCCGUAUAAUCACCCUUUUACUGAAAGAAAUACUCUAGGAGAUUCUUAUCAUAAUCAUACGUUUGCAUUACUUCCUUAGGGCAACUAUUGCUUUCAAUUGAUGUAUAUUCAAAUCUCUAACUUCUCUAAGUCAGCUGGAUCUAUUGCAUUUGAUCGUCUAAAUCCCUUUCUUUUUAUUGACGAAGCUGGUUAUUUAUCUAGAAUUGGAGGCUCUUUUUCCUCUUCUGUCUAAGUGACGUAGUUAUUUGAUAUAAUAUUCCCCAAAUUCACAUUUAUAUUGAUAAUCUCAGUGAGGACUCCUGAAUCCUCUUGA